GGAGCAGUUGUCACUGCUGUCACAAGUUGGUCGCCGCUCGGCUCUUUCCGUCUCCGUCCGCCUUCUCAUUAACGUUCCUUCCUCGUGGGUGUGAUGCCGAAAGGGUCUCCGGCGCGCCGAGCGGAGACGCGCAGUGUCCGUGCGCGCUGAGAGGAGGCACCAGCUGCCAGGCAGGAGGGAAACGACGAGGAGGCAGCGCGAGAAGAGACGAGCACAUCCACGUCGCAGGCGACCAUUCCUUCACCGCCGGGGUCCGUUCACGGCAGAAGAAGAACCCCAAACGGUCCUUUGCUGUAGAUUUGCGUUGUUUUCCGGAGGUCUCCGUCGUGUGUGGGAAUUAACAGCUCCGGAGACAUCGAGGAAUAUUAACUCCCCUGGUGGAUGUGGACAACUAAACUGUGGACAUGGAAGCAAUUGUGAAUUUCUAUGUGUCGGUCCUGCUGGUUUUAUGGGGAUGCGCGCUGGGAGGCUCGCCCAGUGUUCAAAUCGGGGGACUCUUCCCAAGGGGCGCGGAUCAAGAGUACAGCGCGUUUCGGAUAGGGAUGGUUCAGUUUGGCACCUCGGAAUUCAGAUUGACGCCCCACAUUGACAAUCUGGAAGUGGCCAACAGUUUUGCUGUAACCAACUGCUUCUGUUCACAGUUCUCAAGGGGAGUGUACGCCAUUUUCGGAUUCUACGACAAGAAGUCUGUGAACACCAUCACGUCCUUUUGCGGGACGCUCCACGUCUCCUUCAUCACGCCCAGCUUCCCCCUGGACGGGAACCAGCAGUUCAUCAUCCAGAUGAGACCCGAUAUCAAGGGGCCCCUCCUCAGCCUCAUCGAGUACUACAAGUGGGACAAGUUUGCCUACCUGUACGACAGUGACCGAGGCCUCACCACGCUGCAGGUAGUUCUGGACACAGCGGCGGAGAGGAAGUGGCAAGUGACGGCAAUCAACGUGGGGAACCUGAAGGACGAGAAGAAGGACGAGGCCUACCGCUCUCUGUUCCAAGAUCUGGAGACCAAGAAAGAGAGAAGGGUCAUUCUGGACUGUGAGCAGGACAAAGUCAAAGACAUCAUGGAACAGGUCAUCACAAUUGGCAGACAUGUCAAAGGCUACCACUACAUUAUAGCCAAUCUGGGUUUCAUUGAUGGGGAUCUAACCAAAAUCCAGUAUGGCGGUGCCAAUGUGUCGGGCUUUCAGAUUGUUGAUUUUGAUGAUCCUUUGGUGUCCAAGUUUGACCAAAGAUGGGAGGCCCUGGAGGAGAAGGAGUAUCCUGGAGCCGAUAGUAAAAUAAGAUACACAUCGGCGUUGACCUACGACGCCGUGCAGGUGAUGACGGAGGCCUUCCGCUACCUGCACAAGCAGCGCAUCGAAUUCACCAGGAGAGCCAACAACGGGGACUGCCUGGCUAAUCCCGCUGUGCCGUGGGGUCAGGGAGUAGAGAUCGAACGCGCGCUGAAACAGGUUCGUGUGGACGGCCUGACAGGAAACAUCCAGUUCGAUCAGCACGGCAAGCGAGUCAACUACUCCGUGAACAUAAUGGAACUAAAGACCAACGGUCCCAUGAAGAUCGGAUACUGGAAUGAAGCUGACAAGAUGGCCGUCACCAAAUCGGACGUCUUCGCAAACGACACCACGGGAAUGGAAAACAAAACCGUUAUUGUCACCACCAUUUUGGAAGCUCCGUAUGUAAUGCUGAAAAAGAACGCUGACCUUUACGUGGACAACGAGCGCUACGAGGGUUACUGUGUCGACCUGGCGGCGGAGAUCGCGAAGCACUGCGGCUUCAAAUAUCAACUGAAAAUAGUGGGGGACGGGAAAUACGGAGCCAGAGACGCAGACACCAAAAUCUGGAACGGAAUGGUCGGGGAGCUGGUCUACGGGAAAGCGGACAUCGCCGUGGCCCCUCUCACCAUAACGUUGGUCCGAGAGGAGGUGAUUGACUUCUCCAAACCCUUCAUGUCCCUGGGGAUCUCCAUCAUGAUCAAGAAGCCUCAGAAAUCCAAACCGGGGGUCUUCUCCUUCCUCGACCCGCUGGCCUACGAGAUCUGGAUGUGCAUCGUUUUCGCCUACAUCGGCGUCAGCGUGGUGCUGUUCCUCGUGAGCCGCUUCAGCCCCUACGAGUGGCACACCGAGGAGUACGAGGACGGCCAGAUCCAGACCAACGAGUCGACCAACGAGUUCGGCAUAUUCAACAGCCUCUGGUUUUCCCUCGGAGCCUUCAUGCGCCAAGGCUGUGACAUCUCACCGAGAUCUCUCUCUGGACGCAUCGUUGGUGGCGUUUGGUGGUUUUUCACGCUGAUCAUCAUCUCCUCCUACACGGCUAACCUGGCUGCCUUCCUGACUGUGGAGAGGAUGGUCUCUCCCAUUGAAAGUGCAGAAGACCUGGCCAAACAGACCGAGAUCGCCUACGGCACUCUGGACUCUGGGUCUACCAAAGAGUUCUUCAGGCGCUCAAAAAUUGCCCUCUUUGACAAAAUGUGGACAUACAUGCGCAGCGCGGAACCCUCCGUGUUUGUCAAAACCACGGCCGAGGGGGUGGUGAGGGUGCGCAAGUCCAAGGGGAAGUACGCCUACCUGCUGGAGUCCACGAUGAACGAGUACAUCGAGCAGAGAAAGCCCUGUGACACCAUGAAGGUGGGAGGCAACCUGGACUCCAAAGGCUACGGGAUCGCCACGCCGAAAGGAUCCUCAUUAAGAAAUGCGGUUAACCUCGCAGUACUAAAACUGAAUGAGCAAGGCCUGUUGGACAAAUUGAAAAACAAAUGGUGGUACGACAAAGGAGAGUGCGGCAGCGGGGGAGGUGAUUCCAAGGAGAAGACCAGCGCGCUCAGCCUGAGCAACGUGGCUGGUGUCUUCUACAUUCUGGUGGGAGGACUCGGCCUGGCCAUGCUGGUGGCCUUGAUUGAGUUCUGUUACAAGUCCCGAGCCGAGGCGAAACGAAUGAAGAUGACCUUUGGGAACGCCAUGAGGAACAAAGCGAGACUUUCCGUCACUGGGAGCACUGGGGAGAAUGGUCGGGUGAUGACUCCAGAGUUUCCCAAAGCUGUCCACGCCGUCCCGUACUCCAGACCUGACAUGGGACUGAACGUCAGCCUGACAGAUCUGUCCUGAUCCACGAGAAACUUCCGAGUGCCUUACAAUGGUUUCAAUGGAGAUUUUUUUUUUUCUUCUGACCCUUCCCUCCCUUCCUCCCUCCUUCUGUUCUGGCGCUUUUUAAAAAAAAUGUUUCUGUCUGGUGAAAAAGGAAAGUUAGGAGGUGGAGGCUUCUUUUUUCUGGUCUCACGGAGACGUGCGUUGUUGCCCUGUGUCUCUUCUUCUCCUCUUUCUCUCUCUCUCGGGUUGGAAUUACAUCUCGGAUUUUUAAAAAGGAAUGAUCUCUUUUUUUCUUCUUUUUUUUUCUAAACUGAUGACACCGCACUCCGCUAUCUUACUGCCUGGACCGGACAGAGACGGAAGAGAUGGCUUCUGGGAGUCCGAUUUUCAGUCAUCUCAAUGUGUGUGUGCGUGCGUGCGCGUGUGUGUGUGUGGAGAACACGGGGUCGUGUGCGUCAGGGGAACAUAUGUCAUCAAUAAAACACACCGUUUCUGUAGCCACCGCCGCCAAACAAGAUCUUCAAGCACACUUGAUAUCAUCUGCAUUAAGAUGUGAAAUUGUCCUUUUUUUUCUAAGAAAAUCCCCCCCAAAAAAGUUUGUGAAAAAAAAAAAAUAUUUUUAUGUAUUUUCACAAAAUAGCUUUUAAAUAAACUUGCUUACAUACCGGUUGGAUAUGAACAUCUAAAUGUGUGAGUAUUGAGACAAAAAAAAUACUAAACAGCUUCUAGUUCCAUAUUUCUAAAGCCAAAUACAUUGCACAUGGGGCUGAGAUGUUAAAAUCAUGUAAUUACUUCCUACUCUAAACUCUCCUGUAUAUUUUAUUCUUUGACAUUUGGUAUUGAUAUGGAUACAAAGUAUGUCACUGCUCGACAUUCAGAAUCAAACCUACUAUGUUUUUUCUUGUUGGUGCAGCGGGUUACGCUCUCUUACUUUUGUCUCUUCGUUUGCUUCGGUGCUUUUGGUCGUUUGUGUUUCAAAGAACCAGGCUUUGUUUUUACUUUGAAGAGGAAAUUGACCUGUUUACACGCCAUGAAUGCAAAAAAAAAAGAAGAAAAAAAAGAGAAAAAGAUUUUAAAAACUGUACGGUCUGGUAUUAUCGCAUCACAUCUUGAAGGGAGAUCAAAAAGAGGCUUGGACACCCACAUGGAUUAAGUGGUGGUUUAAAAUGCCAAAUACGUAAGAGUGCCAAAUUCUAGUGCCAGUAGACAUGAAUAUAGUCCUAAUAUAAUCAAUCACUGUCCUCUCAGUGAAUGUAAAUGAUGCAUUCUGUAACUUUUGUAACUAGAUGUACAGUCGGUGGCAAUGACAGUGCUAAAUUGCCUCUUAUGCUGUUUUCCCGUCUCCGUGUACUUUGCAUCGAUCUGACAAUGAAGUAGCACCAGUUGCAUGUUGCCGCAAAUACUACAUGCGUUUAUUUCAUUACUGCCAAACAUGCGUUUUCAUUUUAAUGUUCAAGUUGUGAGGUUAAUUGUUUGAAAUUGGAAAUACAAUGUAAGACAUAUAUUCAAUAUAUACAUAUAUACAUAUAUAUUUUGUAUAAAAAGGUUGAAUAUGAAAAAGUAUAGCCUCUUUUCAUAAUGGCCUCAAAGCUACUCUAAUAACGUUAACACUUAAUUUGGUUAGUUAUUCAGAAAAUACAGGAUUGGGGUUUUUUCAGUGGUUUUAUUUAUAUAUAUUUUACUUCAUUUCAUGAGAAGACAGUGACCUGUGAAGAGCCCCCCCACCGCAUUUCAAGGGAGGCCAAGUCUAUUAUUAUUAUUAUCACUGUUGUUUUUCUAAUACAACAAUAGAAACAUGUACCGUAGUCGCUUAUCAUUUCCAUUGCAUAUUUCGGCUUUUCUCACUGACAUUUUGUAAAUGGAAUGUGUGCUAACUUGUUUAUUUUUUGGGACUCUUUCUAAAUAAAAGUGGCUGAUCUCUUGUUA